CCACGAAGUCCCUGACCCCGGCUUCCCGGGCGCUCACUCGGGCCGUGGGAGGAAGCUGAGAGCUGGGCUGGGGCGGGGGCGCUGCCAGCCGGAGCGGGCCAGGGAAGGGGGCUCCUCGGGAAUCGGGGAGGGCGGGGGCUGGGCCACCUGGGUUCCCGGGAGGGGGAGGGGGACGUGGGAGGGGCCGAGCGAGGAGCCGGCUGGAGCUGGGACCAGACAGGCGGCCGCCGGGGCUGGGGCGCCGAGGUUCGAAGGCGGAGUCGCCUUUGGGUGACCCUUGGCUGGCGGGGGGCGGCCGGCCUGCAGUUAUCUCAUCAGGCAAAGGCCGGGAGUCUGGGAGCUCGGCCGGGGAAGGAGGGAGGGAGGGAGAGAGGGAGGGAGGGAGGGAGGCGGCAGCAGCAGCAGCGCCGGCGGCGGAGAAACCGCGCCUCCGCUCCGCCUGAGCCCGGCAGCCCGAGCCGCCAACGAGGGCUCAGCCAGGCGGGACGCUGGGCCAGCCCUCCCAGCCGCCCGGGCCGUCGCUGCAUCUGUGCGUCUGUCGGUGCGUCUGCCUGUCUGUCUGUCUGGCAGGGGGAGGGGCGGGGGGUUGCGAACCGAGGGGUCGGCGGCUCCCGGCCUGGGCGGCUGUCUGUCUGCCCGGGACCAGCGCGGGUCCGAGCGCGGGGAGAUGGAGGGAGGCCUGGCUGCCCGGCUGUGACCUGGGGGGCCGCUGGCCGAGUCUGCCGGGCGGGGGGGAGCUGACUGUCUGUCAGGGCAGGGGCGGGGGGCGCUGUCCAGCCGUCCGAGGAGGGGCGCUAUCCGCGUGCCCUUUGGGGGGAGGGGAGGGUCGGACCAUCCGUCCGGCGGGAGGGCUGACGGUCUGUCAGGGCGGGGGAGCCUGUCCUGUCCGAGCGCGGGGAGGGCUAUUCGCCUGUCCCGGAGAGGGAGGGAAGGGCUGUCCAGCUGUCAGGGCAGGACCCGGGGGGUGGGUUGUCCACCUGCCCUUUGGGGGGGACUGUCCGCCCGCCCGUCUCGGGGGCGGGGGCCGGCGGCCGGAGCCCCGGAUGCGGCGGCGGGGGGGCCAUGAGCCCGGGGGCGGGCAGCCGGGGCGGGCCAGCCCGCGGGGGGGGCCCUGAGCGGCCCAUGCGGCGCCCCGGGGCCACGGCCGCCGGGGCCCGGGGCCCGGGCGCGGGCGGGGUAUGGGGGGCACCCUGCGGGUGGCCGUGCUGGGCGCCCCCGGCGUGGGCAAGACGGCCAUCAUCCGGCAGUUCCUGUACGGGGACUUCCCCGAGCGCCACCGGCCCACGGCCGCCCGCCGCCUCUACCGGCCCGCCGUGCUGCUCAACGGCGCCGUGUACGACCUGAGCAUCAGCGACGGCGGUCCCGGGCCGGCCCCGGCCCCCGCCGCCGCCUCAGCCUCGGCCGCAGCCACCGCCCCCGCCACCUCGGCCGCCAGCAGCGGCAGCGCCUCCGCCUCCGCCUCCGCCUCGUCCGCUGCGGCCUCGGCCGCCACCAGCGCCGCCUCCUCGGCUGGGGACGGGGGCCUCCAGGAGCUGCCGGACCUGAAGGACUGGAGCCUGCAGGACAUGGACGCCUUCGUCCUGGUUUAUGACAUCUGCAGCCCAGACAGCUUCGACUAUGUCAAGAUGCUCAGGCAGCAGAUCGCAGAGACCAGGCCGGCAGGGGCACCCGAGGCGCCCAUCAUCGUGGUGGGCAACAAGCGGGACCAGCAGCGGCAGCGCUUCAGCCCGCGGAGGGCCCUGGCUGUGCUGGUGAAGAAGAGCUGGAAGUGCGGCUACAUGGAGUGCUCGGCCAAGUACAACUGGCACGUGGUCCUGCUCUUCAAGGAGCUGCUGAGCAGCGUCCUAGCGCGGGGCUGCAAGCACAGCCACCCGGCCAUCCGCCUGCAGGGCGCGCUGCACCCCAACCGCUGCAGCCUCAUGUGACCGUCCCGGGACAGGGAAGCCCGUCCGGAUGCACCUUCGGCCCGAGCUGCCUAGCUGGAGCUGGGGAGGGGAGGCCGGACGCCGAGGGCCGGGCUGGGGAGGGGGGCCCCGCAUGUGUCCUCAAGGGCUAGUCUUUCCUGCUCAGGGCCAAAGCGGACCGACUAAAGGAGAAGGAAGGCCCCGCGCCAUCCCUGGGGGGUCGGGCCAGGAGGGACGGCCGCUGUGGACGGCUCAGGCUUGAGCCCCUCCUCCUCUCCUCGCCUCGUGGCCGUGGCCGAGGCCUGAACUGGCGGCCAUCGAACCCAAGCCAUAUGAGAAUAAGGCAGGCGAGGGAGCGCCCCGAGCAGCAGCCCCCCAGCCUUUGCUUGAAGCCCCCCGGAUGGGCCCGGCUCUGACCACGUCCCCCGCAAUAGAACCUAAACUCGCCUCUCCGCAUCCCGGCUUCUGUCCGGUCCUCGGGGGCCCUGAACACGGCUCCCUCAGUCACCCCUGGAUGACACGGGCUCGAAGCCCUUCUCUGGAUGCCGUCCAGCUAACAGUGGCCUUCCUGACGACAGCCAGUGUCUCGCCCCCGUCUGAGCCUCAGUUUCCCCAACUGUAGAAUGAAGGGGGUUCCCUCGAGCUUCAAGGCAGCGCCAACCAAGCUGGGGCGCUUCCCCUCGGGAGAGCCCAGUGAGAGGCGCCGCUGGGCAGCCCCAAAGCUGGCCGGCUCAGGCGCGAUGACCAGGGCCCGCCUGGAGGCCGCUGCCCUCGCAUGCCCCCCCUAGCAUGCCUGCCUUGGAUCCUGCCCGUCCCGCCGGCGGCCGGCCUCAGCCCAGGGUGGGGGAAGGGCUCCGGGCGCCCCGCCGCCCCCCAAUAAACACACCGAGGGCCAUGGA